AUGUCAGGUCGUGUGUACAAGUUUUUUACAGGCAGACAACAGCCUCAGUGGGUGUGGGAUCUUGCACUGGAAUUGCGUGUCCCGGCUAUUUUAUGUGCGUAUCUUGUGUACGUCAACACACAGUGCUACUAUGACGCCUUGACUGCCUAUCAAGCGAACGCGAAGUGGGGCAUGACCGCUGGAAAGCUGCUGGAGCUUCGGAAACUAAAUUACCGGUACAUCAGUGUUCCUCGGUAUGCCGUGCGUUACGAAUACGAAGUUGACGGUAAAAAGUACGUAUCGACGAGGGCGACAACCGGAUCUCCCUACAGGAACUGGAUGAAGCAGUUUUACAAUGACACCAUUACCGAGUCUCAAUAUCUUCAGGCAAUCCCUGUGCUCCGCGUGGGUGAGCGCUGCACUGUCUUUUACGACAAGAAACACGCUGGGUCACUUUCGGCCCUUGCUCACGACGCAAACUCGUUUGAGAUCUCAAUUCUGAGUUUUUGUGCCGUCGUUCCAGUUCUUAUGGGGUAUCUUAUGAAGGCGCAUUGGUGGAUGCUCAGGAAGGCAUACAUGCCAAACAGGACGAUGCGUAUUCGCGUUCCACGAGCGGAGCGUCCACCCCCUCCUCCGCGGGCGCCGGAAGACGUCUCACAUAUUUCUCAGCCUCCGAAGCCGUGA